AUGCCACCGUCCUCGUUCCCGCUCAAAUCGAUCGACCUCGAUGAUCCCACUGUGAUAACAACCCCAAGCACUCCCUCUGCUGUCAGGACAGCCCGACACCAGAGUCUUCCUCCCGGGGCCAUCUCACCUAUGAAGCGCGCCCCAUCUGCUAUGUCUAGCACGAAACGGCACACCCGGACGACAUCAGUCAUACACCUCACCGGCCCCCCAAAGAGGCCAGGGAAUUCAACACAGCUGUCCAUGCCGCAGGCCCCUCAACAAGUCGACUCACUGUCCGCGGACUCGCCAGGUUUCUCGACGUCGCGCAGCUCUGCCAUCGAGACCAGCGUAACCCCAAAGCGCUCACCGGCUAAGCCGUCAGCGCGCACGCCUGGAAGUGUCCGAGGUACACACGUAGGGUCUAAAGGUCACUCGCCCUCGCCAGCUGAGAAGAGAUCCGGGGGAGCGACCCCUCGCUCUAAUGCGCGCUCGUUAUUCACUGAGAGCACCGCGCUGCUCACAGACAGCAUGGCCAUGCAGGGCCGUCAGUACGUCAACGACACGCUCGGCGACUCUCCUGCUCUUCGCCUGACCGUAGAUAGCGCCCAUAACGCGGACGGGAUGUCACAUUGGGACGAUGAUCAAGACGAGACAUCGAUGGACAUGCUGACAGAUGUGGACGAGGAGGAAAUGGAUGAGGACAUGCAAAACCAGCUUGAUGGUGUCAUGAAGGUUCACACCGGCAAACUGCUGCACUACAAGCGUUUACUCGAGCGCGCGCAUGCAUCAGCGGCUGCUCAACUUCACGCCCUACAAGCAGAAGUGCGCAUGUUGCGAGAGCAAACGAAUGCUGGUGAAGUCAACCCGCUGCUCAGUGCUGUCGAUUCGGGCCAAUUUUGUGUCUGCGGCGGCAAGAAGCGCAAGGGCUACUGGAGUGGCUACCGCGGAGAAGAAGAAGAUGAUGAACCCGGAGAUGUGGACCUAGCUAGUGCUCUGAAAGGUAAAGGUGGUGUCUUCAACGAAAUGGAUGUCAGACGAGCUGUGAGAACACUCAGUAGGGACGACAGGAUGAGGCUUAUUAGCCUCAUUUUGGACUCCUGCAUGCCCGGAGAUAUUCGUCUGCAGAUUUUACUGCUUGACAAGUAUGCAAAGUCCACCUUUGACGUUGUCGGCCAUCUCGCUCCGGACCUGGUGUUCAAGAUUUUCAAGUACUUGACCAUGCAGGAGCUCAUGGGGGUCGAAUCUGUGUCGAAGAAAUGGCAGGAAAUGGUACAUCUUCCUGCUCUCUGGAAGCACCACGCUCUGCGCAUCACAGCCACGGACCCGGUUCCACUCAAGCCGCCAUCGUCGCCGGAAGGAUGGGAAGCCUUGUACCGCUCGUUGCAUCACCGCGAAUCGAACUUCAAGAAUGCACUUCCUCAGAGCAUCCGGUUCAUGAACGGCCACACGAACUACUGUACGACACUUCUACUCCGCGGUAAACGUUUGAUCAGUGGAUCCUACGACGAGACUAUUCGGUUCUGGGACAUUGAGACGGGGGAAAUGAAGAAAUGCAUUCAGGUCAAGAAGCCUGUCAGUUGUGUCGACUUCUUGGCUGAGGAAGAAGUGUUUGUCGUCGGCUUCCAUGAUGUCGGACGUGUUCACCUCUUCUCUUCUCUGACCUUCACGCCGCUUCAGCAGCUUUCCGGGCAUCUGCAUGGUAUCCGAGCUGUCGCAUUAUCCUCCAAAAACCUUGUUUCAGCCGGUGUAGACAAAGCGCUCGUAUGCUGGAACUGGCGUACAGGAGCCAAGAUUGUGCGCUUUGGUCAACAGACCACCGUGAACAUCGGCGUGCAAAUCAUUGGUGGCGCUACUGCUGACGAGGGCGAGCGCGUUGUCAGCGUCACUAUCGACGGUAUUGUGCGCGUGUUCUCGAUCAGGCGUCGCGAGAUGGUGUCUCAGUUCAAACUUUCCGAACUUGGCGGUAGUGAUCCUGUGCUCAGUGCGAAGCUGUUGAACGUAGGCAAAGCGCCCGAUAACAUGCUGCAAUGGUUCGCAGCUAAGGGCACCCAGAUGACCUGCGCUACCAAGUCCAUCAUCCUGCAUCUGCAAUGGACCGAAGAAGAGAACGGCCCUGGGACAAGCACAGAUCUGCUCAGUCCCCAGCACAUGACUCGUCCGAUCACUCCCCAAACACCUGGCUUCAGCCCUCCGGCGGCGCCCAGGACGGCGUCGUCUAUGUCCCGCCGCUCAAGCUCUUAUGUGACGCCUGGUCGCCGCAGCUCACUGGCCAGCUCGUACAGCUCAGCCGGUGGAUCGUCUACAGGUCUCAAGGGCCGUCUCUCCCUCACUCCAAACCCCGCCACCCCAAUGACCCCCGUCAGCCCCACCUACGGGCCCGGGGCGCCCACGAUGUACUUUGGCCGCGCCGCCGUCCUGACCGCGCCGCCGAAACUCGUCGGCGUCGUCGAGACGCCAGACGUCGCCGUCGGCGCCGUGGACCCGCAGAAGCGGCGGGUCGUCACCGCGACGCGCUUCAGCACGCGCAGCGGCGCGAACCGCACGAUCUUCAUGUCGACGCACCGCGACAGGGAGGCGGCGCGCCGUGCCGCGGCGGCCGACGGCGACGACGAUGACGACGACGACGACGCGUUCUCGCUGUCGCCCGCAGACGGCGGGGCGGCCUCUCAGGAGGAGGUCGAUUACGAGAUGAGCAUCCUCCCGCUGACCGGCGCGUGGUCUGCGCUCGCCGAGACGGACGGCGCGUCGGCUGCGGGCGCGAAGGGCCUCCUUGGGAGGCUGCCUGCCAAGUUCCUGGGCCUGGCGACGCCGGAGAAGAACCCGAUGUCGAUGCAGCUCAGCCACGAGGAGGUCGUCGUCGGAUGCGCCGACGGCACCAUCUACGUGAUGAACUUUGUCGGUUACGACUACCGUAAAGGGCGCCAGGACGCCGACUCGCGUGGCCUGUCGUCAGGCGUGGAACCCGCCGCCGUCACCGACGGUAGCUAUUGA